AUGUCGAUUUAUAAUGAUCCCCCUUCGUCAUAUGAUGUCGAUGAAUAUGUUUGGUAUUUCGAAAAAUGUGAUUCUAAAGAUUGGGAACUAGCUCCAAUAUCAACCACGCGACAAUUAAGCAUCUGGGAGCAAAACAAUGCCCUAGUAUUUAAUUUACCAGAACUCAGUGUGUACAUCGUUGAUCGUUCUGCUUUAACGUCAAACCAUACACGCAUUACGCUCGCCCCCCUCCACCCCAAAAACAAAGAUGAGAUCUACCUCGGAAAUUCAAAGACAAACGUACUCAUGCGUAGUCUCAAACAAGGCUUCAAGAGCGGCUUCAAGAGAGGCGCUGAGCAUGGCUUCAAGACAGAUUUCAUGACUACCUUCAAGAACAAUCUCAAGCGCACUAAAGAGACCGGAUCUGUUGAUCAUCACUAUUUAACAUGUUAUUCUAUCGAUUUUCUCAAUGUAUGGGAGGAAAGAUUGAGGGGAGAAAUCAUGGAGGCUUGGGUUUUGGAUGGUAUGGAUCCCAGCCCAGUCGAUCGGAUCAGCAGGACAAAGUUUUUGGUUGCAAAAUAUAUGAUAAAGAUGCGCGUUAUCAAGGGCGCAUCCUGCAGCGAUAAACCUUAG